GCUCCAAGGAAAGCAUCUGUUGCGUUUAUUCGUCCAACACUCGACUUCCAAGAAACUCUCCGUGUCCACCUCCCAAACAACCAUGACCACGGAUCCCAGACAAGUCGAUGUCCUCAUCGUCGGGGCCGGUCCCGUGGGUCUCAUAACUGCUUUCCAAUUAGCCAAAUUCGGUGGAAUUUCCGUCGCGAUAAUCGAAAAAAACUCCAAAUCCAUUCAGGAUGCCUAUGGACGAGCCAUCACGCUGUAUCCUCGCUCGAGUGAGAUGCUGGAUCAACUCGGCUUGGCAGAAGAACUCGCGCAGCAAUGUUUCGCCUGUCGGGAAACGGCAACAUAUAACUCCCACGGCGAGGAAGUGCACGGCCGUGGUUGGAGUUUUAUGGAAACGGGAAUGAGCGAUACGGCGUGGAAUUUCGCGUUGGUGUUGAGGCAGAAGUAUCAGGAAGAUGUAUUUCGCAGAGCGCUGAGAGAGUAUGGUGUGGAAGUGGAGGCGCCAGUCAGGCUGGAUGGGAUUGUGGUGGAUGAGAGUAUACCGCUACUCCAGCAUCGAGUGACAGCUACAGUACACGAUGAGUUGACAAGCGAAAGGAAAACGAUCAAAUGCAAGUUCGUGAUUGGGUGUGAUGGUGGCCAUUCGUCUGUCCGUCGAUUGAUAGACAUACCCUUUCGUGGCCUGACGACGGCAGACAAGUGGGUGAGGGUCGAUGGGUUAGUGGAGACCAACGUUCCGAGACCGCGCACAUACUGUGCCAUUGAGUCGCCCACGCAUGGAAAUGUUCUCUGGGUUGGUCUGGACCGCGGGCGGACGAGGAUCGGAUACGCUUUCACCCAAGAUCGCGAGAAAGCGUACAAGGUGUUUGAUGAAGCUGCCGCUGUCAAGGAGGCCAUCGCUGCUGUCAAGCCCUUUGACGUGACAUUCCUGACUGUCGAUUGGUGGACCAUCUAUUCCGUCGGUCAGCGCAUUGCCGAAACAUUCGAGAAGAAGGACUGCAUCUUCUUGGCGGGAGAUGCAUGCCAUACACACUCCUCGGGCGCUGCUCAGGGCAUGAAUACUGGCAUCCACGAUAGCGUGAACUUGGCGUGGAAGCUGAGUCUGGUACUGAGACGACUGGCCCGCACCGACAUCCUCCAGACAUACCAAGCAGAGCGAAUGCCGAAUGUUGAGAGACUGAUCCAGUAUGACAGAGACAUCAGUCGUCUCAUGACAAAUCGACUGCCGGAAGACUGGCAGGGAGAUCCAGAGGCAGAUGUCAAUGCGAUCCUGGGCCAAGUCAUGGGAGAGGCAGGCUCGUUCAGCUCCGGAUUGGGUAUCUUCUAUGAGCUGGCAGAGACGAGCCUUCUCAGUGUCCCAGGCAGCUUUACCAGUUCACAGCAAGUCGUAGACGUGCAGCAGCCAGUAGGACCGGGUCGACGAGCGCCAGACGUGACACUCCUGAAGCCGGGCACAUUCGAGUCAACGAGACUCAUAUCAGAGACGCCGAAUAGAAGUAGCUUCUACCUGGUGCUUUUUGCUGGAAAUCCUCUCUUGACGGAAGCAACGGCGUUUGCUGAUGCAUUCGACACCUCCACAUAUCUGAGCGGUAUCCAAUCGCGAGGCAAGUGGGCGGAUUCUCAUGCCCAAAGCCCAGCCUCCUCGGCUUAUGAGGUCCUGGGACGAGAGCCGCUUGGUCGUGCAUUCUUCGACACCCAUGAAGGUGUGGCGUACAAGAGGUAUGGCGUCGAUGUAGGAGCAGGCUGCGUUGUACUCGUUCGACCAGAUGGCUGGAUUGGCACUAUGCUGUCACUUUCGGAGAGUUCGGUGAGAGAGGUCGAAAUGUAUUUCAGUCGCAUUCUACUAUGA